AUGGCUGCAGAAUCAUCCACCUAUCCACCCAGCCGGGCGGCUGGAGGCGGACAAGGCGAGCGAGGUUUCGACUGUACCAUCAACGAAAUGGGAUUAGGGAUCAAUAAUCUCUCCCUCGAUGAGAAAACACCGGCCUGGAGAGCUCUCCGCGACACGUUGACCAAACGCUAUCAAAAAAGAGAGACCGCCGUAGACCUGGACCAGGCUAUCGCGGCUGGCGAGGAAGUCCUAACCUUGGCAAAUAUUUCAGAAAAUCGUGCAUCGUAUAUGAGUAUCCUGGCUUUCCUGAAGACAGUGCGCUUCCUUAAGACUUCAGCCCGGAAAGAUGUCCAAGACGCGAUCGCGCUGGGCCGGCAGGCCAAAAAGCUGUGCAGAUCAUGCGAUCCGCCUUGGCCGGCCGUGAUCCGCAAUCUGGGAGACGGGUUCGUUGCCCGAUUCCAGUCGGCCGACCACGGUGGUCGGCUGAGUGACUUGGAUGAAGCGAUCGAAUGCAGCCGUGAGAUGUUGAGAGAAACCAAGCAAGGGACCUUGCCACACUAUGCGGCGCUCUCCAGCCUCGUCACUCGUCUCAUACUCAGAUCAGAGAAGACAGGCGAUCCUGCUCACGGCGAAGAGGCUAUCCAGCUUAGCCGCCAACAUCUAGAGAAUGCGGCGCCCGGUAGCCCAGAGCAGAUUGUUAUUCAACAGAGUCUGGGCUUGGCACUGCUCAGUAAAUACGAGAGAACUGGCUACUGGCGUUACCUCGAAGAAACCAUCAGACUCCAACGUUUAGUCACGGACACGAUCCCGCACGGCGAUGAUUCGAGGCCGGAGGCCUGUACGAACCUUGCAGUCCUGCUGAGGAAGAAAUACGAUUGCACAAACAAAGAAGUGGACCUACAGGAGGCGGUUCGGCUCUACAAGGAAGCUGCUACGGCAUGCCCAGCUGUGCAUCCUUCGCGGGUCCGGUAUCUCGCGGACUAUGUCACCCAGCUGAGCAACUUAAUAGGGCUCACAGCUGAAGUAUAUACCGUCGAUAAUGCUCUUCGGGAGGCCUCCGAGUUGAUGCGUCCCAUACCGGCUGCGUACGAGGGGAUGGCACUCGUCCUGCGAAGCGUUGGACGGAUUGCAAGUCGAAAGUACGAGCUCUCCGGCAACCCCUCUGACCUCGUCAAGGCUGUUCACCAGGCUUUGAAGGUGGCCUCACAGGCCAACGGAACGGGCCCCCAGCAUGCUGAACAGCUGCAUUAUAACAGCGAUGUCUUGCGCAGAUUGCUUAAGCAUGCUGGGAAUCUCGCCGCGGCCCCACAGGAUAACUACAUCGUGCUUCAGGUGGUAAAGGCAAUGCAUGCAGAGUAUUGCAAACUCGUCAAAUCAGACAUUCUAAAAUCAAGAAGUUUCGUCCACAGCCUAAUGACACUGGAAAAAGAUGUCGUUAUCAACGCCCAGAUUGUAAGCAUCAGCACGAGUGCCAAGACAGAUGAGGUUAUGAAAAAAGAGAUGGCCGACCAAGUCAACUUCGCAGUUUCCUUGGGAGCGAAAACGAUACAGCAUCGGAUAAAGAUGGUCGAUUUUACGGUGCAGUUCAACCCAAAAAAUGAUGGUGCGCAGUACAGUUCUGCGCUUUCAAGAUCCUUAAAGGUGCUUCAGCACUCACCCAAGCCGUUGACUAAGGAGAGACUCGCCGAACUUGUGGACCAAGCCAGAAAGGCGUAUCGGGAAAGCCAGAAGUUGCAACAGCUCUGUGGACCUCUUAUCAGCGACUUGGGCGAUCUCGUGGACCUGCAUUCUGGCGAUCUUACAACGCAAGUCGAUCUGCUAGAUAUGACGGCAGAUCUCUUCCUUCAGAACUACUUUAAAUCCCAUGAUUUAAACGAUCUGAAAUUGAGUCUGACCAAGGCGAAGGAAAGCCUCGCCCUACAAUGCGAUGGCGAGUACUCCGAAAUGGACCGCCCGGGCGAAAUACGGUGUAGAUUGCUUUGCAAUAUGACUCACGAGCUGCGAGACGUCUACCUGACCAGACGCGAGGAAGAAUGGCUGACCGAGGCAAUCUUCAUCGGCGCCGCUGCAGUGCGGAUUGUCGCUUUAGCAUAUCCAUCCCCGAAGGCAAAGCAUGACUUAUUGAUCAGAAGUUCUGCCCUGGUUGGUCUUGCGAAUGCGUACAAGUCAAAAUAUCAACUGCAUGGCACGUUUGACCUUCUCGAGAAGGCCAUCGAGAUGGUUCAAGAGGCGACCAGGCUUGACGAUCAGAGCCAAGGCGCGAACGUCGACGAGAGAGGACCAAGCGUCAAUGCGCUAGCGCUGAUGAUGCGGCUGCGGUACUUGGAGACCGGGGAGAUUGAGGAUCUCAACACCGGAAUCCGACAUAUCGAAGCUUUCCUAGGAGAUUACCGCGGCCAAGGACCACAGACAUCAAGAGGGAGAAGUAGUCUAAUUGCUAACCUCGGCCUGCUGUAUCUAAGUAAGUGCGAGCGCACUGGAGAUCUUGCGGACAUCGAUAAUGCUAUCUUCUACUGCCAGGCUUCGGUCAAAAGCAUGCAGAAUCUCGCCAGUGCGUAUCUUGAACGGUACUUCGUAAUGGGCAACGUGGAAGAUCUUCGAACUGCGGUCGAGUACGCUUCUAUUGUUGCUAGAGAGGCUCUCGAGAACAAAAACCCGGCUCCGGAAACGCUCGUAGACACUGGAAUCAUAAUGAUGGCAAGCUAUGUUCGCACGAAGAAUAUAUGGGACCUGAAGCAAGCGACAAAAUGGCUUCUUCAAGCAGUAUCUGUGUAUCCAUCAUCUCACCUGGGGGCAUCAUAUGCUCGUCUCGAGUACGGUAGAGCACUGGAGCUCGACUAUGCGGUUAAUCCGUCGCAGGAGACCUUGGAAAAAUGCAUCAGCGCAUAUAAGAGCUCUGCCGAUUCAAUGACCGGACGAACGACGGUGAGGGAUAAUGCGGCUCGGCAUUUAUAUCGAUUGUUGAUAUCUAACGGCCGGUAUGCGGAAGCUCUGGAGCAGAUGGAUAAACUUGUAGAGAACGUGGCUGCGCGAUGCCCUCGGUGGCUGCCAUCUGCGGACCGCCAGUUCCUCCUCUCGAGCUUGCAUGGCGUCCCUUCUGAUAUAGCUGCGGCUACACUGCAGCUGUCUUCUCCAGGAAGCGCGUAUCGCGCUCUGUGCUCUUUAGAACUAAGCCGUGGCGUGCUGCUAGGCUCCAUUAUGGAGCUUCGGAGCGAGGCGAAGCAACUGGGAGCUGGAAAUAAGGGCCUUAUUGCAGAAUGGCACAGGCUCUGCAUGGAGCUCGAUUCAUCUCUUCAGGAGAGGACACAAGAUCAGUUCGCAACUCGACGGAAGGCUGUGCUAGAAGAGCUGAUGGUAGUUAUCGAUGCCAUCAGGCGCAUCCCCGGCUAUGCAGCAUUUGCUCCGCCUCUCGACCUUGGUUCGAUGGAAGCUCACGACCUGCAGAUGGCGUCGCCCGGCUUGUUCGAAAGGUACAACUCUCUCCAACGUGAGCAGAGCUCGUUUCCCGUGGAAAAAGUAGGCGGCCGCCAGACAAGGAGGCAGCGUGAGCUAUCGAAUAAAAUGGACGCGAUGCUCGCUAGGAUCCGGAAAUUGCCUGGUCUAGAGAACUUUCUGCUGCCGCCAAGCGAAAGCGAAGCGAUUGCCCUCGCCCGCAAUGGUCCGGUAAUUAUCAUCAACAGCAGCGAGGUUGUCCAUCGCAGCGACGCCAUUAUCAUCACCAGCUCAGGCAUUGAAGAAUUGCAUCUUCCUCUCCUCCACUAUCAAGACAUCCAGCACCACAGAAAGUUGCAGGAAGACGCAUUAGCGAACUGGACGCUAAGAAAUCUCGCCGAAAAGAACAAGCAUAUGAGAGAAAUACUGAUUUGGCUUUGGUUCAGCUCCGUGAAGCCUGUUCUGGACCACCUGGGAAUGACAAGAUCCAGCUCCGGGCUCCGGCCGCGGGUGCAUUGGAUCGGAACCGGCAUUCUCAGCACAGCACCAUUCCACGCUGCAGGGGAUCACAGUCAAGGCUCGACCGAGAACACUAUCAGCCAUGUGCUCUCUUCCUAUACCACGACUUUACGAGCGCUGACCUUUGCCCGCGACCACACUUCGUUCGAAGAAGUCGACAAUCCAAACAAGAACAAACGUAUUCUCCUGGUAUCGGUUCCUGAUGCUCCAGGUGCAAAAUCUCUUCCUGCAGUUGAUCACGAGGUUGCCGCGAUUGCAUCGGUAUCCAAGCCGCACGCAACGGUGGUCCAGCUCAAAGCCCCGGAACCACGCUCGGUGCUACAGGAGCUGCCGUUGGCGCACGUUGUGCACUUCGCUUGCCACGCCGUGGCACAAGCCACAGACCUCAACAGCAGCCACCUCGUUCUCAUGCCGGACCCUGAAGCGGUACCUUCCCAUACCCGUGGCUCUAAGUGGCCGGACUCGAUAGUGACCACUCGUCUCGCAGCAGGUAGACUCGCUGUCCAAGAGAUAAGCGCAUGUAGAGCCUCAUCGGCUGAGCUGGCUUACCUGUCUGUCUGCUCAGCAGCCGAGAACCGAGCCAACACUCUUGCAGACGAGUCAAUCCACAUAUCGAGCGCGUUUCAGCUUGUGGGGUUUAAGCAUGUGGUUGGUACGCUGUGGCAGACAAAGGACCGUUGUUGCCAAGAGGUUGCGGCGGAAUUCUAUCGUACGCUUUUCGCAGCGGGUGACGGGGAUGCCGGAUUGCCAGCUCCAGAGGCACUGGAUCAGGCUGUGAGGAGAUUGAGGCAGCGGAACCCGGAGCGCGUUCUAGAUUGGGCUCCCUUCAUCCACAUGGGCGCAUAG